CAUUACAGCAGUUGGAUGUUAGCUGGUAUAAUGGUCCAAAAUGAUGACUUCCCAAUAUGUUGAGUUCUGAAAGAAAUAGAGUUUAAACUAUGGAGGUGAAUACAUAUUCCAUGAUUCAAGAAAUAAGGUAGUUUUUGACCAUGAUUAUAGUUUUAAGGGACAAUCCUGUUGAUAGGUGACUUUUUAGGUCUGGUGGCAGUUGACACAGACUACCUUGAAAAUAGAAGGUUUUUUAAUUGAUUAAUGUAGAGCAGUUGAAUAUGGAUAGAGACAGCAUCCUAACUAGAGUUCUGUGAUUUUAACAAUCUAGAACAUUCAUUCUCAGUGACAAAGGUAUCACUUGCAAGUACUAGCAAUUAGUGAGGUGUGGGAAACCUUUUUUUGUUCAUACUUCAUAGUUUUCCAUUAUUAUAAUAAUAAUUAUUAUUACAUUGUUAUAGAUGCAACAUGUCUUUAUAUUAAAAUCUCAGAAGGGUAUGUGAAUAAGAUAAAAAUUACAGUGGUUCCUUAAGGAGAACAAAAAUGAAAUAGAAGAAAGGGUAGAGAAAUAAUGAUCACAAGUGUUGAGUAAUAGUGGUGUGUGUGGUGGGUCUGGGAGGCCUUUGGAGAGUUUAAAAUUAUGUUAUGCUUUCAUUGAGUUGGUAUGAUUUGCAGUUUUUGAUUUCAGGUAAGAAUUUUGUAGGGUGAUAGAAACAGGUCACAGAAUCAAGUGUUCUGUAGGAAGGUGAUACUUCAGAAGGGAAGGCUUCAAAGGAGGAACUGGGCUGAGGUAUCUGGAGAUACCUCUAUCUUCAAGAAAAUGUGAUGAUACAAAGCUUAUUAGGAUUGUGAGAAGUAAGCUUCUUAGUUAAAUGAGUGUAAAUGGGCCUAGGUCCAAAUUUGGUUUAGUAUAUUUAGAAAGUGGAGAAACUAAGUUUGGAUAGGAGUUGGGGAAGAAAUGAAGGAAGGUUCAAAAACUAGGAUGCAAUGGAGCCAAUCACUGAUACUCCUUUACUACUUACAGACUGUGGGCAAGAGUAGCAAGAUGCUGCAGCACAUCGACUAUAGAAUGAGAUGUAUCCUGCAAGAUGGCCGUAUCUUCAUUGGCACCUUUAAGGCUUUUGACAAGCAUAUGAAUUUGAUUCUCUGUGAUUGUGAUGAGUUCAGGAAGAUCAAGCCAAAGAAUGCAAAACAGCCAGAGCGUGAAGAAAAACGGGUUUUGGGUCUUGUGUUGCUGCGUGGGGAGAACUUAGUAUCCAUGACUGUGGAGGGGCCACCUCCUAAAGACACUGGCAUUGCUCGGGUACCACUUGCUGGAGCUGCAGGAGGUCCAGGGGUUGGGAGGGCAGCAGGCAGAGGAGUACCAGCAGGUGUACCAAUUCCCCAGGCUCCUGCUGGAUUAGCAGGCCCUGUCAGAGGAGUUGGAGGUCCAUCCCAGCAGGUAAUGACUCCACAGGGAAGAGGCACUGUAGCAGCUGCUGCUGUUGCUGCUACUGCCAGCAUUGCUGGAGCCCCAACCCAAUACCCACCAGGACGGGGGACUCCACCCCCACCUGUAGGUAGAGCAACCCCACCUCCAGGCAUUAUGGCUCCUCCACCUGGUAUGAGACCACCAAUGGGCCCACCAAUUGGACUUCCUCCUGCUCGAGGGACACCAAUAGGCAUGCCCCCUCCAGGAAUGAGACCCCCUCCACCAGGUAUUAGAGGUCCACCUCCCCCAGGAAUGCGUCCACCAAGACCCUAGGAUACUGUUGAUCUGUAUCAGUCACAUUUUGCCCUGCAAUGCAUCUUGUGAAUUUGUGUAGACUGUUUGUGAGCUUUUUG